AUGAACCCACCUAAGUUUAUUGGCACCAAGGUAGAAGAAGAUCCGCAAGAAUUCGUAGAUGAAAUGGAUAAAAUUUUCAAAGUGAUGCAUGUGGAUCAGAUUGAAGAUGUUGAGUUGUCAGCCUACCAGCUGAAGGAAGUAGCAAACCAAUGGUACAAUGAGUGGGAGGAUGCAAAGGGUGACAGUGCUGAGCCCACAGUUUGGGAUGAGUUUGUAGAAGCUUUCCUUGACAGAUUAUUUCCUCUGGAGCUGAGGGAAGCUAAAGAAGAGGAGUUCAUGAACCUCAAGAAGGGUAAGAUGAGCGUGCAGGAGUACACUUUAAAAUUUAAUCAGCUGGCCCAUUAUGCUCCCGAGAUGACGAGUAGUGUGAGGGCCCGAAUGAGGAAGCUGACAGUUCAUAUGCAACAGAUAGAGGAGAAGAAAAAGAAGAUUUCUGAAGCUAGGAAGAAAGAAAGACAGGCAAAAAGAGCAAGAUCUGCCGACCAGGGUUACAGUCAGCCUCAAAGCGAUAAGUGGUUGGUUUGUAGCACUCUGGCUAGUUAUCCGUACUUCACUAAAUCAAAAGCGAAGCUUGCCAUGGCUAGUAGGGAGAUUGAAAAUUCACUCAUUGACCUAAAUCAAGAUCCCAGAGAAGAAAGUUCAAAAUGCAAUGAUGAGGGAAUUGGAGGUUAUAAGAGUGUUUCCUACAAGGAUCUUUUCAUGUUACCAGACAUCAACCUUCCCCUCGGUUUUAAAAUGACCAAGCUCGAGAAGUAUGCUGGGCACGGUGAUCUCGUGGCACACUUGAGACGUUAUUGCAACCAAUUGAGGGCUGCAGGGGGAAGGGAAGAGUUUCUCAUGGCUUUCUUUGGCGAGAGUCUUUUCGAUCUGGCUUCAGAAUGA